AUGCCUCAUUUCAAAUUUUACUACUUUGAUGUCCGUGGACGCGGAGAAGUAAUCCGUCUUCUCUUCCAUCUGGCAGAUGAGAAGUUUGAGGAUGAGCGUUUUGGAAUGGAGCAGUGGGCUUCUUAUAAACCAGAAAUGCCGCUCGGACAAGUUCCGGUUCUCGAAGUCGACGGUGUGAAAAUUAGCCAAACUACAGCCAUCGCUCGUUAUCUCGGACAUCAGUUCCACCGCGCCGGAACCAAUGCAGUUGACUGUGCCCGUUUGGACAUGAUUGCUGAGGUCAUCCAGGAAUUCAUGAGUUCCGAGGGGAUGGGAAAAUUCUCAAGAGUUCUUCUUGGAAUGAUCCAAGCUAACAAGGAACAAUUCUUCAAGGAGAAGGUUCUCCCGGAUAUUGAAAAGUAUGCUCCUCUUAUUGAGAAGUUCUUGUUGGAAAAUGGAAACAAUGGAUUGCUUCUCGGUGACCGUGAGACCUGGGUCGACGUCUUCGCUGCUGAGAGCUUUUCGAAAGUCAUCGAUUACGGAAGUCCAGACGCUCUUGACGCCUAUCCACACAUCUUGGCUCUCAUCAACCGUAUCUUCAACCAUCCAAAUAUCAAGAAGUACGUCGCCGGAAGAAAAUCCACUCCAGCUUAA